AUGCUGUCCAGUCAACCGCAAGAACUAUUGUUAUGCGACAAGAACCCCACCAGGCCACUCCAGUCUGUGUCAGCUGACUUCUUCACCGUAGCAGGGAAAUUCUUCCUCGUCUAUGCUGCCCAACUCUCAGGCUGGCCUGCAGUUGUACCCUGCAGUUCAGAUACGACAUCUGCCGCUACCAUACGCUACUUCCGGCACCUGUUUCGAGACGUGGGCGUACCUGUGCAUCUCCGAACAGACUGUGGCCCUCAGUUCACUAGCCGGGAGUUUGUCACAUUCCUGGAGCGUUGGGGAGUCCGCCACUACAAGUCAACACCUCAUUACCCUCAGUCGAAUGGCUAUGCUGAGGCAGCUGUAAAAAACAUAAAGCACCUCAUUCUCAAGGUGGCCCCCUCAGGGAGUAUCGACUGCGAGGCAUUCAACAGGGGACUUCUUGAGCUCAGGAACACUCCAAACCACACAGGUCGCUCUCCAGCCCAGAUUUUGUAUGGCCGCCCUCUUCGUUCAUGCAUCCCAGCCCAUGCCAAAGCUUUUACGGAUGAAUGGCAGGCCAGAGACGAGAGCUGUGACCGCCGAGCAGCUGCACAUGUCCAGGACGCCUGGACUCGCUACGAUGAACGAGCCCAACCACUUCGCCCUCUAUUGUCUGGCGAAGAGAUCCGGUUACCAAGUGGCCGAGUCUGGUGGAGAAAUCGCCGUUUCCUCCGCCCAACGAUGUCACCUCCAGCCAGCUCUACUUCGGAGCCGGAGCAACCUACCCCUGCAGCUGACAUACCUUCCCUGAAAGCUAGGGGAACCGCUCAAGACCUCUAA